UGUUUCCACGGGACUAACGAGCGAUAAAUUCAACAAGUCGAGUCAUUACCUUUCACGCGGACAUGUCGCUCUUACAGCCGCGGCCGGUGCAACUGUCCGCCGCCUCCCUGGCGGUGGUGUUCGGACCGGACGACGAGAGCCAAAACCGGCUUCACCACAACCGCCGCAGCGGCACCGCCACCGGGCUGGAGGUGUUCGCGGACUUUAAGGCGCAAAACCUGCGCAGCUUUUGGAAUAAAAGACUCGUCCGGGCCAUGGGAGACGUGAACUUCCAGGGCUGGAUGGAGAACCUGGUGCUUCUCGUCCAGGGGAGCGUCGGCAGCUUGGAGGUGCUGAGGGAAGCCUGGAUGCGGAGAGCCCUCAAGUCCGCCACCGGCUUGGUCAUCAGAGCUGUGGGUGACCUGUCCCCGUUGCAGAUAUCGCCUGUUCCCCAGUCUCAGUUCAUUCCCUUAGCAGAAGUAUUGUGCUCUGUGAUCUCAGAUAUGAACUCAUCUCAAAUCACUGUCAACCAGGAGGCUCUUGUAAAUUACAUGAGCAAAGCAUAUCCAGGAAUAACCAUCCCCACUCAGGAUAUCCUCUACAGUACUUUAGGUACUCUGAUCAAGGAGCGCAAAAUUUAUCACACGGGCGAGGGCUACUUCAUUGUUACACCUCAGACUUAUUUCAUCACCAACAACAUGGCUCAAGAGAAGAGCUUGUGGACUUCAGGGUCAACCGAUGACCCUCCAUCCCCUCCUCCUAUUACUUAUCUUUUGAGCAAUAUCUGCGUAGAGGGCACUCAGACAACCCCGGCGGCACACUGCAAGUCUUGCAGCUGCUUCAACCCAACAUCCAGCAAUGUCACCACAGCUAAUGUAACUUCAACCCUUCCUCCGUCCACCGUGCCAGAUCAGCAUUCUGUCUCCGUUUCUGUGAGUGAGUGCACAGGCAAGAGCUCAAAGUGGCCUCGGCCAUCAGAUCACAAACCCUCAGUGCAGCAUCAGUCUACUUCCACAGCAGUCGAUUGCCAGGUUAGUGAAAUCAGCAAAACAAUUGGAACUACCAACGCUGCUAACCGCAAAGAGAAGGACAACAAACCGGCAAGGAAGUUUGGUCUCAGUUUGUUCCGGAGAAACGGAGGUAAAAAGGAGAAGCCAAAGAAGGAGUAUGCUUCUUUCUCCGGGCAGUUCCCUCCUGAGGAGUGGCCUGUCAGAGAUGAGGAUGACCUAAACAACUUACCCCGUGACCUGGAGCAUGCCAUCAUCAAGCGCAUCAACCCAGAAUUGACUGUUGACAACCUGACCCGCCACACAGUUCUAAUGAAGAAGAUGGACGAGAGACGGGAGAAGGCUAUGGACAAAGUAGUGGACAGAGACGACAAAGGAGUAGACAAGGGAAUGUCGACUGAGAUCGUUGUAAGUUCAAAACCGAGGCAUCAUCACUCUUCUAAGUCAGGGAAAAGAUCUACUCAGAGAAACCCUCGUAGCAAGCGAAGGGUCCACUCCUCCAGAGAAAAGCAUCGGGAGAAGAUGAAGAAUAAGGUCGCUUUAUGUACAAAUAGCUAUCCAGAGGCGGAGGAUUUGAUCCCCACCCGGCUGCGAGUGGAAGUCCCAAUCGAUGAACCUGGUAAAGUGGAUGAUAGUUCAUACCUUUACAAGAAACGCAUUGAAAACCCUUUUCAGAUUCAUCCAGAACCAUCAGAGCCUGGGAUUUCUCUCGCCAUCAAUCGUGAGAAUCGAAGACGCGAGCCAAAGGACGGCAGAUUAACGGGGAGGAAGGAACGAAAUCAUCGCUCCAAAUCGUGGGACGCGCAUCAGGCCAAGCUGACGGUAGCAGGUGACAAGCAUUCAGGAACAUCUCCUACUUCUGAGGACAAAUAUGAUCAGGGGAGGGAUUUUAAUUCGGCUCAUCUGCUGCAGUCCCACUUGCCGCUAGACUAUAGCUCAGCGUAUCCACAGAGCUGCACGAUUCGGCUUGAUGACAAGAUCCGACAUCAGAGGGAGGGAAACUUGAAAGACAACCAGGUUUUAGAUAUUGGACUUUCAAACACACAACCCUUCGAUGCUACACUCCCCAAACCUCUUAUAAACCACUCUUUGGAAGCAACUGUGGCCUGGACCAAGUCCUCUUUACAGCGAAAGCAUUCCCUCAGACUAACGACACAGCAAAAGGAUGAUAUUCCAAGGUCUGAUGAGCUUUCUCUUCACCGUCGUACUUGUGAAAACACAACCACUGCGGAGCUAAAAGACAUUAGAACCAUCACUGUCAAUAGAGAGCCAGCAGUUGAAAACCGUCUAUCAGAAACAAACACCGAUGGCUUUAGAGAGGAUGACGACAGACUCUACCAGAGAAUAGACCAGAAGAAGGAUGAAGAUACCUGCAGCUCUCUGUGUUUGAAUGAGGACGAUAUUUUUGAAGCUACAAAUGUGUACUGCUCUAGCAUGUCAGAACAACAAAACCCCCAAUUAGCUUACCACAAAUAUGAGUGUCAGGGAUCAGAUGGUCACUAUUAUGAUUCACCCUUUCACCAUCAACAAGCCGCCUCAGUACAUGGUUCAAAGGAAGUUUCUCUACCUGGGGAGACCAUGUGGAGACGUCAGUAUCAUCAGCAGAGUACUGUAUCAGCAGGGGCUCAAAAGGAAAGCAGCUUGAGGAAAGAAUCAUGUGUUCUCGAUGGAUUACACAAGCCCAUCCUUGAUUUGGACUGUCCUGAACCACCUGAGGUCGUAGACAGCAGCAUCUUUGACUACUGCCAGACAAGUGAGAUCGAAUCAGAUGCAGAGACCGUCCGUAAGUCCACUGAUGAGGGCGAUGGUGAAUCGGUUAACUGGGCGGCAGAAGCAGAAGAAGUGGAGGAUGACUUUCACAAAAGGGGACUUCCUGUGACUGCAGGAGCGAGUCCGAGUGCCCCUGGAGGGGCGGAAACUGGAGAACUGGUGGAGAACCAGAGCAUCACUGGAGACAGUGGUAUAGAUUCGCCACGUACCCGGGUCAGUCUGUCCUCCAGUAACACCGUCAUCCUGGAGGGUCUGAAGAGAAGAGGGUUCCUGCAGAACCUGGAGAAGCUGCACUCAAAAAGCAACACCAUUCGACCUCAGAGCUCGCUGCUGCAACUCACUCCUGUCAUGAACGUCUAGAAGUGGUUUCCCCCGCAACUUACUGAUAGUUUUUUGUCAUCUCAAAGUCUAUGCAAUUUCCUCAUGAGCAAUAAUCAAUACAACUGGUUUGUACAGACGUUGCAUGUACAUUUGUCUUUAUUGUAAAUAAAGGAUGUCAGUUUGUGGACGUAGGUAACACUUAUCGGGGUUAAAAUGUAC